UCACGCACGUGCACACGCACACACGGACGGUGCUGUGAGAUCUUGCGAGCGCUCGCUCGGCAGCAGAGAGAGAAAGAGGGAAACGCGGAGGAGAGCAGCAGCCCCACCGAUCUUCAAGCGAGAGAGAGAGGCAUCGUCUGGAGCACGAGCUGGGCGGGGAAAUAACUGCGGUACUGAACACAGACUUCAUUGCCGAACUGCAGCAAUUUGUCGGCAGCGCAACUUCGUCCCUAUAAGGCAAAAUGUCAUCGUCGGUAAAAGACAACAGCUCUCAGCAUGCGAAUUACGUGGGACCGUAUCGACUGGAGAAGACGCUUGGCAAAGGACAGACAGGUCUUGUGAAGCUGGGCAUCCACUGUGUCACAUGUCAGAAAGUUGCCAUUAAAAUUGUAAACCGGGAGAAACUCAGUGAGUCGGUAUUGAUGAAGGUGGAGAGAGAAAUAGCUAUUUUGAAACUCAUCGAACACCCACAUGUUUUGAAGUUGCACGACGUCUAUGAAAAUAAGAAAUAUUUAUAUUUGGUUCUAGAGCACGUGUCAGGUGGUGAACUCUUCGACUAUCUGGUAAAGAAGGGCAGAUUAACACCCAAAGAGGCCAGAAAGUUUUUUAGACAGAUAAUCUCAGCGCUGGACUUCUGCCACAGUCACUCUAUAUGCCACAGAGAUCUGAAGCCAGAGAACCUGCUGCUGGAUGAGAAAAAUAACAUCAGGAUAGCAGACUUUGGCAUGGCUUCACUACAGGUCGGAGACAGUCUCUUAGAAACCAGUUGUGGAUCGCCUCACUAUGCUUGUCCAGAGGUUAUAAGGGGGGAAAAAUAUGAUGGCAGGAAAGCUGAUGUAUGGAGCUGUGGAGUCAUUCUCUUUGCACUUUUAGUAGGUGCUUUGCCGUUUGACGAUGAUAACCUGAGGAACCUGCUGGAGAAAGUGAAGCUGGGGGUUUUUCAUAUGCCCCAUUUUAUUCCUCCAGACUGCCAGAACCUCUUGAGGGGGAUGAUCGAGGUGGACGCCACCAAGCGAUUCACGUUAGAACAGAUACAGAAGCACACGUGGUACAUAGGAGGGAAAAACGAGCCAGAACCAGAACAGCCGGUGCCAAGGAAAGUGGCGAUUCGCAUGCUACCCUCCACCGAGGACAUCGACCCAGACGUGCUGGAAAGCAUGCACUCGCUGGGCUGUUUCAGAGACAAAAACAAACUGAUGAAAGACCUGCUGUCAGACGAUGACAACCAGGAAAAGAUGAUCUACUUUCUUCUGUUGGACCGUAAGGAGAGAUAUCCCAGCCAUGAGGAUCAGAAUCUACCACCCAGAAAUGAAGUUGAUCCUCCCAGGAAGCGAGUGGACUCUCCGCUCUUGACAAGGCACAACAAGAGGAGGCCAGAGCGCAAAUCUAUGGAGGUGCUGAGUGUGACCGAGGGCGGUUCUCCUGUUCCUGUGAGACGAGCCAUUGACAUGGCACAACACGGACAGAGUAAAAGCUUGGAUAUCUCAGAUGCCAACCCCAUACUGCAAAGCAAGGAAGAGAGGUCUCGGUCCAUCAGUGGAGCGUCUUCUGGUCUGUCCACCAGCCCCCUCAGCAGUCCUCGGCCCAUGCGUCGAUUCGCCGUCCCCCCGCAAUCGGCAGAACUCACUUAUUCCCCAAACAACAGCCCCACCCAUGCUCCUGUGUCACGGUUUAACGGCACAGGCCCGCACUCCCCAAAAACCUUUCAACCAAAGACAGGUGCCCUUCAGCCCAACAGCAAAACUCAGACCCUACCAGCCAAGCCCAAAGUUGCAGACAAGCCGCUGCAGGCCACAAGGUCCAACCCGCUGCCUCACACAACGGCCACGCCGUCGUCGGCCAAGUCCGAACCUUCUACGCCUUCCACGCCUUGCCAACCCCUCCCACCACCAAUACCCAGCAGCCCCAAGGUGCGGCGGCCACCUUUAACGGUGCCACCCAAACUCUCCGUUCCCCUUUCUCCCCUUUCGCCCAUCCGGCUUCACCAUCUUCACCCGCUGGCCGGGACUGACCACAACGGCAAAUCUAUCCCCACCAUACAGGUUACGCCCCACCCCUCUCCCAGGGGUAGCCCGCUGCCGACUCCAAAAGGGACACCGGUGCACACACCUAAGGAGAGCCCAGCCGGGACCCCCAGCCCCACGCCACCCCCAAGCCCCUCUAUUGGAGGCUUGCCCUGGAGGACACGCCUCAACUCCAUUAAGAACAGCUUCCUUGGCUCGCCACGCUUCCAUCGCAGGAAACUACAAGUUCCCACACAAGAGGAAAUGUCCAGCCUAACACCAGAGUCUUCCCCUGAACUUGCCAAAAAAUCUUGGUUUGGAAACUUUAUCAACCUUGAAAAGGAGGAGCAGAUCUUCGUGGUGAUUCGAGACAAGCCUCUGAGCUCCAUAAAAGCAGAUAUUGUUCACGCCUUUCUCUCAAUUCCCAGCCUCAGCCACAGCGUGAUCUCUCAGACGAGUUUCCGGGCGGAAUACAAGUCGACGGCUGGCCCGACCGUGUUCCAAAAACCAGUGAAGUUCCAGGUGGACAUCACCUACACCGAAAGCACGGCUGCCACCAAGGAGAACGGCAUCUACUCUGUCACUUUCACACUGCUCUCAGGUCCCAGUCGGCGCUUCAAACGGGUGGUGGAGACGAUUCAGGCCCAGUUGUUAAGUUCACAUGACCAGCCUGGUGUUCAGCAGCUGCCUGGACUUAUCCAGAAAACGUGUUAAAGUCCAUGUCCUGCUCUUGCACAAGAUUCUUGUAUGGCACAUUGAUGGAGGGCACAUUACAGUAGACGCUGAGGGAAACUCCUCAUUCUGAUGCAUCUAAACAAAUGCCAACAAGAUCCGUUCCAACUUACUCCUCAAACUGCUUUCCUCUGCAGCUACAAACCACACAAGGAUUUGGAGUGAAGCCUUAAAACCUUAAAAUGAUGAAUUUCUAUUAAGCUAAGUCUAUCUUCACCAGCUUUCUGUCUUUUUAUUUGACUUGUCCUUUAUCUCCCUCACUUAUGCCACAAGUAUUUAUAAACCAGGAUAUUGCUGCAAAGGAUCAGGUGAACGGAGUUGGAACUAUGGACAUCAUAAUGCGUUUGAGGAGUUGCCCUUCAGGACUUGUUGGAUUGUAUUCUUUUCAAUGUAGUCUUUCUUUGUGAAAUGAAGAAAUGAAACAUUUCAUGGACUUUGUGUCAUUGCUGUAAGAUUUGGAGAUCUUAUUUGAAAAAAUUAUGGGGAGAACAUUGCUGUGGGUUGUGAACUGGGAUAACAGGGAGGGGGAUCACAGUUAAAAAUGAUCUAUUCUGUUGUACAGACUGAAAAUAUUCCUUUAUGUACAAAUGUCUAUCGGUGACAUUGCUUAGACGAAUUGUGUUGCAACAUUUUGUUUUCUCCUCAUGUAGCGUUUAACGAAAUGUUACUUUUGAAUGAAAUUACGCUUGUGUAUUCAAGGGUUACUUAUGAUGUCAAUUUUUAUUUAUUUAUUUUUUGUUUGCCUUCGAGAAACAUCUGCGGGAUUCAGAGAACUUUUACCCUAAUUUUUGUAACUUAUUUAUCUGUUAUUGUCUUUUUUAUUUAUUCAGCCGGGGGAUAUUUAUAUAUACAAAACCGGGUGGGGAAGAUUUUAUCGUCAGGGCGACUCGUCAGAUUGUUUAAAGGAUUUGGUGUACGAUAACACUUAUCCGAUUUUGUGAAUGAAGCACUCUUUCCCGGCUUUGACCAGAUAAAAGAGCUUGUAGUAUAUGUUAAAUUAUUUACCGGUAAUUUAAGAAUGUAGACUAGCGUCUUUAGGGUGGGGGGGUGCGAGGGAUAAUGAAGUAUUGAUAUUUGUCACUCAUCUCAUUGUGCGUGUAUAACAGGUGGACAAGCUCAAAUCACAUGUUGUAAAUAGACAACUUUGAGCAAAUUACUUUCUUAAAAAACAUCAAGGGGAUGUUGCUGCUCCUGGCUCGAUCUCUCGUAUUGCAUGUCCGACAUUCGGCUUUAAUUUGCAUGAUGUUGUGGAUGUUAUAUUUCUCUCCCUUCAUCUUUCAUUGACAGAUUUAACAGACUCUCUACCCACUCCAACCAUACCUUGAGUUUUUAGUUUCGGAUCUCCUUUAUCACGAACGAUUUCCCGCCCCAUUCUCGCUCUUCUCUUAUCAAGCUUUUGUUUUGAGGGGGAAUUCACACACAUGGUCAUUUAUGGGAACAUUCAGCGUGGAGAAUAAGUGGAGAUGUAAUAAGCAAUACACAUUGUUGUCUUUCCUAUUUUGUACUUUGGGAGAAAAAGGAGCACAGCUGGAUGAUGUAAUGUAUCACAGAUUUGAUUAAUACGGAGCGGGAAAAAUAGACUCACCGCUGAUGUAUCCCCUUGUAACUACUGUGAACAAAAUCAGUGCAAAGGAAAUAAAUCCAUUGACUUUGGAACGUUG